CACACGUCACAAUCAUGAUUAGAAUUGAUGAUCGGACGUUCUGAUUUCAUUGUCUAGCAAAAGGGGACUGCUGAAGAAAUCUGCUGAAUUUGAACGUUCGUGUGAUUUUGACAUCAAACAUGGUACGUAGGGAGGUGAUUUCACUUUUGGCUUCGGGUUCUCCGGGAGCGUUUUACCUGCCGGUGUCCGCUCGAAGCCCGGGUCAGUGCGAAUGGUCCCGCCGGGGUCGGGAAAUCACGGAUUUGAAGGAAAAGUUUAGCCGCGGCUAUCCAUUGGGAAAGCUAUGCUAAUGCUAGCUAACGCUGGUUGGCUCAGACAUGGCCGCUCGGGCCUGCAGGCUAACGCUGCACGGCCGUUGUGUCGUCCCCCGGUGUUGUUUACCGUCCGGCACUCAGUCGUGAAGUUGUGUCUUGCGCUUCCCGUGUGGUAAUUGUGUUUGUGAGUCCGCUGGCUGUCGCCUCGGUGCCGUACUAAUGUGACGUGCCCACAAUUUGCUCGCUAAUUCUCCCCGUAAUGUUUCCAUAUUGACUGUAGCCAUGCGCAGUCAGCCUGCCAAAAUAAACCUGCUGCUUGCUUAUUGGUCGCACUACAUUCCCGUAUGUGACUGUGUUUAUCAAAACCUCCAGCAACUACACUUCCAACUCACCCAGCGCUGCUUUUCAGCUUCUCUGCAGCUCCAGGUGUUUUCACUUUAACCGUCCUGCCCGCCGCUGCUGCCCUUUUUCCUCCUUCCUUUGUACACAGAAGAGCCACAUUACUCGAAGGUGUGCCAGGUACACUGAGACAAGAUGAGUACGACCAAAAUAGUGCUAACCUAGAAAAUAUGGAGGUUUUGCUGUGAUCUGCAUGGCUGCCCCGUUCCCCUCCAGUAGCAGAAUGGAUGCGUGGCCACAAAGACGUGGCCUGCAGACUAUGAACCUGCGCUCAGUGUUCACAGCUGAACAGCAGAGGAUCCUAGAACGUUACUAUGAUAAUGGGAUGACCAAUCAAAGCAAGGCUUGCUUCCAGUUAAUACUGCAGUGUGCUCAGGAGGCCAAACUGGACUUCAGUGUUGUCCGGACAUGGGUUGGCAACAAAAGACGUAAGCUCGCCUCCAAAGUUGACCAGAAUGGAGGCAUGUCUCAUUCCUUAUCUAGCCACGGACUAGCUGCGGGGCUCCUCUCAAAUCACACAUUAGCUGGAGGUGCUCUGUCCAAUCACAGCCUAGCGGCAGGGGCGCUGCUUCCUGCUGAUCUAGCUGCAGCACGGAGCAUCCAGAAUCGCGUGCACCUUCUUCCUCCAUCUUCAUCCUUCCCGUCUUUCUCCUCAACAUCUUCAUCCCCUUCGUCUUCCUCUCCCCUCAGCAGUGGAAGCAACAAUAACAACAACAAUAACGAUGUAAUACUGACUGGGAUCUACUCUCUGAACUCUGUCCCUCGCUCCCGACCACGACCCACAGCCCCUCCAUCGCAGUCAGACUCUGAGCUCUCUGCACACACAUCCUCAUCCCUGAUCAACCAGGUGCUGCAGAGCAGGAACAGCUCCACCUCCUCACCCAUCCACUCCAAGCUAGUGUCACUCUCUCAGAAUCUCCCAUCCCUCACAUCUGCCUCAGGGCCUUUAGUCUACACUGCAGUCAGGAAGGGCACUUUACCCCUUGGGGAGGGAGGGAUAAGUGUAGGAGCAGGGGUGGUACCUCACAGCUGGACUAGACAGUACGGCACAGCGCAAACUCGCCCUUGGUCCUCUUCCUCACAGUCCCAAGCUCAGCUCCAGCCCAGACCUCACUCCAACCCCCAACCUCAGCCUCCGGCUCCACAGAAGACUCGGGUGUCUCCCAUAGUCCAAAGCUCUGGCACCUCCUCUGAACGGACACCUCGUAUUCAGCAGGUCUUCACCUUGUCAGAAAGGGGUGAAGGGGACCGACUUAGACCUGCACAAGCACCCACUCGGAAAAGCCAGGAGACCCGUCGGCCGGCACCUCACCCUCUGGACACCUUCCAUAACUUCUCUAUUGCCAUGGAAACUGGUGAUGAGGAAGACGAGUGGCAAAGGGAAGAGGAGUUGGCAAAUAUGGCCGCUCAAACACUUAUCCACAAGGAGCAGACCUCACCCAGCCCGACUAGGGCUGAAGUGCGCGUCAUCGGAGGAAACCACACACCUCCUAUGACUAGCUCCAGACCUGCAUUUCUUCACAGCAACACAGCUCUUCAGGGCAGCUACUCCCUCACAGCACAGACCUCACUUACAGGGGACUCCAGCUCACAGACUUCAGUUGGUGUGUCUGCUGCCCCAUGGGUUAUCAGUAACUCCAGAAAGAGAACACUGCAGGAUCGGACCCAGUUUAGUGAUGGAGAUCUCAUCCAGCUGAAGCGCUACUGGGACCGAGGCAUGACCAGCCUGGGCUCGGUGUGCAGGGAGAAGAUCACUGCUGCAGCAAACCAACUCAAUGUAGACACUGAAAUAGUCAAGACGUGGAUCAGUAACAGGCGGAGGAAGUACCGUCUGAUGGGUAUUGAAAUCCCUCCUCCUAAAGGCGGGCCUGCUGUAUUCUCAACCUCAUCCCCGGGAAACGAAUCUCCGGUGGCCCUCAGCCCAGACGGCGAGCCGCUAAGUACUCCUGAACUCGGAGAUGACUUAAAUGAUGGGGGAUCUGUGUGCCUCUCUGAGGAUGGCACCAUCGAUUCACAACACAGAGAUGGAGAGGAUGGAACUGAUGUGUCCGCUGCUGCUCCGCUGGCCAACAAUGUGAAAAUCGAAGUAAUUGAUGAGGAUGAAGAAGCUGAUGAUGACGAAGAUGGUGAUUUAGUAGCUUCGGACCUCGAGCAAAUGCAGAACCUGCUAGAAUUCAAGCAUGAGGAAGUGCAGUUCUUAGAGAACGAGCUAGAGAACCAAAAACAAAAAUACGAGGAGCUAGUCAGCUUCACGAAGAGCCUGCUCUACGCUGUGAGGGAUAAUGACCUGGAGAGACAGCAGGAACUCAUGGCCAGUCUACCUCAGCCUUCAGACCAGGACUGGGACAUGGCAGUGGACAGAGGAGCCGAGGCUGCUGCUGAGUCAGUAGAUGCAUCCCCCAUCCACGAUUUCCCCCAGACAGCCGGUGCGAGGGGCAUCGAUCCUCUGCACAGCCAAGCAAACGAAGAAGUCCCGCUGGUCACCAUAAACGAAGACGAUACAAUAACUGAAGUUACAGAGCCCUCUGCAUCAGAGGAUCAACUGCUGGAAGCAGCUACUGAACAAGAGUGACUGUCUCAUUUACAUCACCUCGCACACACACACAAGCUCAUACAGAUACGUUUUCACACUUCCACACAAGAGAGACUGUUUGAUUUUAACAUUUACACAAACACUCUGGUAAACUCGUACUCCGCGCCCAGUGCCUGUGGAUUGAUGCUUCACUACGACUGUUGGGCUGACAGAUGCCUUUUUUUACUGCAUAUCAUUCGCCUUGCUCUGGUUCACUCCAGAGAGAACAAUAAAGACCUCUAACUUA